GGGGAUGAGAUGAGGGGGAUGCGCCGCCAAGUACGCACUCCGUUACAGGAACUCUAAGCUUAUUGAAGAAAAAAAAAAAGAUGAACGAUAACACGGAGCCAAGCAAUCGAAUAGGUGAAAAACAUCCACAGAGUAUGUGACAAGCUUCCAACACAGGAUCUCACAUUCUGUUUUAAAGACUUUAUCUUGACCCUCGCUGGACCACAGAAGCCGCUUUCAACUCCUGACUGACUGUGAUAUCCCAUCAUGCCACUGAUCAUGUUUCCCACCUCCCAGCUGCUAUGGGUGCGUGUAGCUGCCCUGUUGUUCACCUGCGUGGCUUUCAGUGUUGCAGCACACGGAGCCAACAUCGGCGGAGGCAUGGCCGACUGGUGCAUCUUCUGCUGGGCGUUCAGCUUCGCCUGCACCCUGCUGGUCCUGCUGGUGGAGCAGUUUGGCCUCCAGGCCCGAGCACCGGUGUCCUGGUCAAACUUCCCCAUCACCAUAGCUUGCUACGCCACCCUCCUUUGCCUCUCUGCCUCUGUUAUCUUCCCGCUCUAUUUCCUCAAGAACCAGCAAUAUGUCAGUGAUGCUGCUCGUGACCAUCGCAUCGUCUCCACCGUCUUCUCCUGCCUGGCGACGGUGGCCUACAUGGGGGAGGUGAGCCUGUCUAGAGCGAGGCCAGGGGAGGUGGCAGGUUACAUGGCUACAGCUCCGGGCUUGUUGAAGGUGUGCCAGACCUUUGUGGCCUGCGUCAUCUUCAUCCUGGUUAGCAACCCUGUGUCAUACGACAGUCAUGCAGCUCUCAAGUGGUGCAUGGCCGUGUACUGCAUCUGCUUCAUCCUAUCCAUGGCUGUGGUGGUGCUGUGUGUGGGCGAGUGCACAGGCUGCCUCCCCAUCCCGUUCUCCAAGUUCCUGUCGGCAUACGGGCUGCUGGCGGUUAUCAUGUACUUGACCGCUACCAUCAUCUGGCCUGUGUUUCAGUUUGACAAACAGUACCAGGGUAGAAGUUAUGGGUCGUCAAACCUGAUCACUGUGGCCGUGCUCACUGCCCUCAACUUCCUGCUUUACCUCGCUGACCUGGCCUACACUGCCAGACUAGUGUUUGUCACUGUCUGAGAAGAAGAAAUGAAGGAAGGAGAGGCACUGAGUGAUGAAGAGAAUAAAUAAACUAGCUUGAGUGGCUUUGCAGAGAAGUGUAGCUGAUUUUGAAUUUCUGACAAAAAAGACAUGACUUUAACCUUUUGCUGCCUAAUUGUAAAAUGCUGGAAUUAAAUGUCCUGUUGAUACAUGGAAAGCCCAAUAAAUCAAAAGCUCAUUUACAUCAUGUGUGUGUGUAUACGUGAGCACAGUACUAGUUUGUAUAUUUCCAAAUAUCUGCAAUGACAGUAAUUAACGUCCAGUGUGACCUUUGUUAAGUAGAAGGUGAAAGAUCUAAGUGUGACACAAUUAAAACAAUAUGAGGUCUGUUCAAAUCCAAUGAAGUCAAACACACUGAACGAAACCAAAAGUGAAAAGGAAAUGUUGCUUUUUUUAUUUUUUAAUGUUUAAUCUAUUUUUUAUUGGACAGAAAUGUAUUUAUCCGAGACACACAUGUAAUCUUUGGUUUCUGAUGGAGAAUACACAACCCACCAAAAGGAUUUUGUUCCAUAUGAUUCUUAUUAUCUUUUGUUAAUAAGGUUUUGGGAGAAAAAAAAUACUUCCAAAGUAUCAGUAUUGAAACAAGAAUGUAAUUUGAGCACAUUAAGCUUUUAGUGAAACCAAUAAAUAUUUUGUGUUGAAAGGAA